AUCAUGGAGGAUGAAAUUGAGGAUUGUAUUCGAAAAAAGAUUCAAUGGCCCCAGUUGCCAGCUACAGUCAAAAAGCUACUUGGUGAUUCUCCUAAAGAGUAUGAGAGAUAUAUAUUUGAAUUUAGUAUUAAGAAUCAAUUGAGGUUUAGAGGGAGUUUGGUGAGGACAGUACGUAAAGAUGAAAAGAAGUAUUAUGAAACUCUUGUUCAGUGCAGUAUACAAAGGCUUAUGCUAUACCCCUAUCAUUUAGCAGAUAUGAUUGUUAAAGGUUUAAGGAUAACUCCUUUCAUAUACUAUGUGGAAGUUGUAGCUUUGCUGAUUGAGAUGGAAAAAAGUUAUGACACCAUGCCUAAUUUCACAGCUGCAGACUGUCUUCGAUUGCUGGGUAUAGGUCGUAAUGAAUAUUUGGAGCUAGUCGCCAAAUCCAGGUCUUUGGGUCGUCGUGGUCGUUCUAAAGCGAUUAGAGGGCUUUUGCCCAAAGUACCUAUGAAUAUACCCAUGCAACCAUGGUGGCGGGUAGAACUUGGCUAUGUGCUUGAAGAGGAUGUUAAGCCUUUGAGUGAGAGCGAGAAGGCACUUAUUGACUUGCUAAUCGACCGCGGCUCUCAAACAGCCGGAACUCUCGAUUAUAAUGUCGUUAAGACGUUGUACAGACGCGGCUUAAUUUACCUGGAUGUGCCUAUAACAGCGGAAGACAGAGUGUCAGUGCCGCCGCUCAAAGGUUUUGUUAUGAAUCGUAUUGCUGGCGAUUAUUUCGAGACUUUACUGUACAAAGUAUUUGUGUCCAUUGACGAACACACCACGGUAGCGGAAUUGGCCAAUGUAUUACAGGUGGAAUGCGAGUUGGUGAAGCAAGCGGUGUCGUUGUACUGUAGAGUAGGGUUCGCUCAUCAUCUGAGGCCGCCACCCGCUACGUUACAUCCAUCUUGGCGACAUGCGCACACCCAUCCGCAACAUCCGCCGUACCGACAAAUCACGCCGUUGACUUAUGAUCCAAGCACAGAUGAUGAUGUAUUACAAAUGGAACCAGUGCUAAUUACACAGGAGCCUUCUACAUCUAAACAGAAUUAUGAUGAAAUCGUCAAGGAUAAUUCCAAUACUGUUGGCGGUCGAAGAGUUGCAGUUUUAUUCGACUCUACUCUAGCUGCGUACCUCAUGAUGGGGAAUUUGUCUCCGGAUCUCAAAAGUCAUGCGGUUACACUUUUUGAAGUAGGAAAACUUUGUGAUGAAAGUUUAGGUAGUUUAUUGAUGGAAUUAGAUAAGGUAGCUGCAGAUCCGGAGAUAGAAGGUGAAGCGCGACGUUAUCUAGCAGCGGCACGUUGUUUGAGGAUAGCGCUGCGGACGCUGCGGCCUAAACUAAAGCCGCUAGAUCUGCUGCGCUGUGAAGCGCUGCACGCGCUCGGCACUCAAGCUAGGGCGCGUCUGCUAGCCACCAAGUACAGAUUAGCGAUAUCGACUGCGCCGUUAUGCCGCGAGGCGCGCGCGGGCCUGGCGGCGGGGUCAUUGCCCCACCUGGGCCCCGCGCCCGCAGAGUCCCACACGCCCUGGAUGCGAUUAUACCUGUACCACGUGGCCGGAUACGGACCGCCCACCAUACUACUCACUAAAGGCACGGUGCUUCGUUGUGUACCGCGCGCUCUGCUCGGAUACUCCCGCCUGUGGGUCUGGUGGUGGGGGUCGGAUAGUACGUUGGAGGGGGGCGCGGCCCUGUCCGCCCCCGCAGCCCUGCGCGCCGCCAACCUCGCUCUCCGCCGCGCGCCCGUCAUGCUUCAGGCCGCCGCCGUCAGAACGGUCACUACACCCGUGCACCUCAUGUUCCCACCCACAUCUGACACUAGCGACACGCAGAUGCAAUCAUUAUGGAAUCGUCACGCGGGCCUUCGAAGACUAGUGCAAAGGCUGAGAUUACACCGUAGUAUUGGUUACGUGACCCUCGCGGACAUCGGCGUGCCUGAUCUUGGAUGCGCCCACCCUCCCGCGGCAGUACAACUAGUUCCACCGAGGAAAAGGAAAGAAAUUUGUGGUAUAGCAAAACCGGUCAGCGAAAUAUCGUUAUCAUCAACGGAUUCCACAGAAAAAACAACUGCAGAUUACACAAAGAGGUUGCAAUCGCCCAUAGAGUCUCACUUCGCGGUGACACCGACCAUAGACAGUAAAGCCAGUUCACCCGCCAAUGGCUUCACAAGCGCUGAAUGUGGCCAGUUAUUAUGUGAAGAACUAGAUAACCUAGUGAUAGACAGUACGAAGACCUCACACCAAAGCAAAGAGUCGAUAGCUGGUUCAGACGAUAUAGUUCCAAUUAAUUCUCUAUCAACAAGCAUUGAAGAUUUAAAGGAAAAAGCGGAUGAUAUCAAAAGGCAUGUAGCGAAAUCUAUUAGUAAAGAAUCUAUAACGUGCUCCGAUGAUUUAGUUCCGAUAAAUUCGUCGUCUGUUAGCAUUGAAAAUUUAAAGUUCGAUAGUAAAAAGAGCAGUUUUAGUGAGAAAUCGAUUGGACAGUUUAACGAUUUGAUGAGUCCCGCGGAGGAGUCUGUAUCGAUGUUCACUCAGCUAUCGAAUAAACUGACAGAGAUGACAGCAGAGGGGGAUAGCGGUGUCGACACUGCUCACAACUUUUCUGAUGAAGAGACUUGUAAACCAGAGAAAUGGACAAUCCUCGAUCUGCAGUUUGGCAUUCCAUUGUUUGAUGAGAGCUUAUGUGAGAAGAUAUGUAAUUUUAUAGUAGAAAAAAUAGCAAAUCCUGAUAUAUUAGAUACAGUGAAAGAAGAUAAUGAUUUUAUACGUGCCGAUGUACUGAAAUUUGUGUCGCAAUGUCAAUAUUACCCGGGAGAAGAUAUGGGUAUCGUAAAACGGGGCACCUUAGUACCACUGCCACGGAAGAACCUCGUCUUCGAAAACGGAAGGAUAAGCGAGUGGACCGGCAAAUGA